CCACCACCCCGUCCCCCCCGCUCCCUUCACAGAGCCCCGGACAGGCUGACAGCUGUGUUGCGGUGAAGCUCCACAAACACUUUAGAUGAUGGUGGACUCAACGUUGGCUCAAGUGGGCAAGAAUCUAAGUGAAGCCAUGAGAAUCCUGGGAGACGGACAAAGAGAGCCAGAGGCAGGACCAGAGAAGUGGCGCUUCAGCAGAACCAGCAUCCCUGGACCCCUGCAGGGAGAUGGUCAGGAUGUUGCCACUAUACUGCACCUGGUUCACAACCUCAUUCAUGAUGAGGAAGAGGAGGAGGACAAGCCAAGUCAACAUAGGAUGCAGAAUGUGGGUGAACAGGGUCACAUGGCCCUGCUGGGUCACAGCCUGGCCGCCUACAUCUCGGUGUUGGACAGAGAGCGACUGAGGAAGCUGACCACCCGGAUCCUGUCUGACACCACGUUGUGGCUCUGCAGACUGUUCAGGUAUGAGAACGGUUCAGCCUACUUCCACGAGGAUGACAGGGAUGGCCUAGUCAAAGUGUGUCGGCUGGUCAUUAACGCCCGUUAUGAAGAAUAUGCCUCUGAGGGCUAUGCAGUCCUCAGCUCCAGACAGCCAGUCAUCUACCAGAGUGCCUCCGGCAGGCCUGGACUGGGGCAGCAUCUGUGCAGCCAGCUCGGCCUGCCUCUCUCUAGUCUGUGCACAGUCCCAUGCAACACCAUCUUUGGAUCCCAACACCAAAUGGACGUUGCCCUGUUGGACAAACUAAUCAAAGAGGACAUAGAAGCUGGAAAGCUUCCGUUGCUGUUGAUCGCCAACGCAGGUACCCCUGGGGCAGGACAUACUGACAAGUUGGCUCGUCUGAAGGACCUUUGUGAUCAGUACAGCAUGUGGCUCCAUGUUGAGGGGGUCAACCUGGCAACCCUGGCACUGGGUCAGGCCAACCUGGCAACCCUGGCACUGGGUCAGGUCACUUCUGCUAUCAUGUCGGCCACCAGGAGUGACAGUAUGACACUGACACCAGGUCAGUGGCUAGGACUCCCUGCUGUUACUGCUGUCACCCUCUACAGACAUGAAGACCCAGCACUGUCUCUGGCAGCAGGUUUGACCUCCAGCCAGCCGGUGGCGAAGCUGCGAGCACUGCCUCUCUGGCUCUCGCUGCAGUACCUCGGUCACAAUGGAAUUGUCCUGAAGAUCAGACACGCCAGCGCUCUGAGCCAGCAACUCCUGCAGAAGCUAAAAGCUAUGGCCUCCAUCAAAACAUCGGUGGAGGAUGAACUGAGCUCUCCUGUGGUGCUUUUCAGGUUUUCCCAGGAAAUGAGUUCUGUGUCCAGUGGAGGCUCAGUGGAAGGUUACUGUUCUGGGGAGAAAGAGGUGCUUGAUACCUUCAACAGAUGGCUGGGUGAACAGCUGCUUCAGCUGGUUCCCACCAGUGGGGUAGAUGUGGUGGAGCUUGAGGAUGAGGGAACAUGUGUUCGCUUCAGUCCCCUCCUGACUGCUGCAGUUCUGGGGACCCGAGAGGAGAACAUUGAGGACAUGAUGGAGAAGCUGUCAGAGCUGGUGCCUGUGAUGUGCUCCACCAUGGGCCUCAGACAGGACUUCCGAGAGGAAACCCACCGACACUCUCCCUCGCUCACAUACAUAGAGGAGCUUAGCUGGCCUGGCCUUGGUGCUGUGCGGUACGAGCCUCAGACUGAAGGAAUGGAUGAGAGCAGGAGGAAGCAGGAGCUGGAGAAAAUCAACAGUGAGCUGCUGAAGAAGCUACAAGACCUUGACACUGACAUCAUCUUUUCCACUGGCCCUGAGUUUGGGAUGAAGGAGGACUGUAUCUUUGUUGGCAUGGUCACUGAGGACGUUGAUGUUUCAGAGUUGGUGGACACAGUAGCUAACCUCGGGAGGGACAUAGAAGAGAGCGGAAGGCUACUGGAGAACAUGACAGAGGUGGUGAGGAAAGGCAUCCUGGAGGCAGAGCUGCAGCUGCAAAAGGCCAAUGAGGACAAACUCAUGGAAGAGGGCAUGCUGAGACAGCUUCCUCUGGUUGGCUCUGUGUUGAACUGGUUCUCUCCAUUUGAAAGCUCCGUUAAGGGCAGGACCUUCAACCUGGCUGCAGGUUCCCUGGACUCCACAGAGACGACUUACUCCACCAAGGCCCAGUCAGGCAGGCUGUCCCUGCAAGAAAGUCCCACCUCCUCAUCAAAGAAACAGCCAGGUCAGAGGUUAUUCCGCCGCACAGGGGCGGGCUCCGAUUCCUUCAGUGAAACCAGCUCCAUCGGGCCAGCUGAGGAGACAACCAGGGAGGCGAGUACCACUUCAAGCAGUAGCAUCCACCCCCCUGCAUCUCCUCCUGCGCCUGAGGAGGACUCACACACCGCAGGUGUUGUGGUACCAGAGAACACCCAGGAGCCUUCUGUGCAGGCGCACACACAGCUCGAGGAUGAAGUGGCCUCAGAGGAGAGGCAGCCUGAAAGCCCAGAGGUGGAGCAGAGCGGUAGAUAGGAUACACUCUGUCUGCAGGUGUCCUCAACCGCCCUCUUAAUGGUACCAGCCUAACAGAUGUUAAAAAGAACGGCGUUAUUAUAUUGUGAAUCUAACUCUUCCAGUUUCGAGGGGAAGGUGGUGAUGGAGCUAGGUGGGGCUGUUUGUCUCUGUCCAAUGUCAAAGGAAAAUCCACGCCUAAUACUUCAAUACUAGGAUGCUCACUUUAGUGCAUUUUAGGUUGUUUUCUUUUUUAUUAGUGACGUGUUCUAAUAGGUUGAUGAAGAAUAUUCUGCUGCACUCAAAAUAUCUCAACGGAUAAUUUCACCAUGAUUGGUCCUGUAUUCACCGGUAUAAAAAGAAUACAGUAAACAACAGAAUGUGGUGUUAUAGGGUGGAUUUCUCCUUUAAAGGUAGGAUGGACGUCCAACCCAGCAUUGAUCCCUCUGUCCAUUGAUGUCUUGUUGAUUUAGAGCAGAGGAGGAGCCAUAUCACACACAGUGUUUCUUUAGCUUUAAAGAGAAAUAAGAUUGGUUCAGGACCAGAGUCUCCGUUUAAUACUCACUUUAACUGGAAAUACAGCAGCUCCAUAUUAAAGCAAUGAGUGUCACUGCAAUUUAAAUGUUUAGAUUCCUCACUGUAAAUAGUCUACGCAGAUGUUAUAUAUCUAACCCAUGAAAGUAACUAACUGUAAUUAUUUAUAAUUAAAUAAAUCUGUAAAGAAGGAGUAGAGUAUCAUAAUCUAUUUAAUUGAAAAAUGCCUACUGAUAAUAGCAGCCACCUGCUUCAAACACUCCCUUCAUGUUUGCACUGAAACAAAUCUUUAAAAAAGAACAAGAUUUUGAGAAAGACGUCACAUUGUUUUGAAUAAAACCUUUUAAUUUCAUGAGAAAAAGUCACAAUAUUACAAAUCAUCAUAACAAUAU